AUGGAACCACCACUUGAACUACCAACACAAAGAAAAAGAGUUAUCCCAUCAAAAUUUGGUAUCCUCAAAAGAAAUGCAGAAAUUGAAGCAGAAAAAAACAGAGAAAAUUUACAACAAUCUUCAUGUUUUAGUCAUAUAAAUGAAAUUGGUAAAGAAAUUGGUUUAGAAAUUUGGAAAAUUAUUGAUGAUUCAACAAUUCAAAAAGUUCCAAAAGUGAAUCAUUCAACUUUUGAAACUAAUAAAUCUUAUUUAUUAUUAAUGGGACAAUUUUAUGAUGGUAAUAUGAAUAUUAAAACUUAUAAUAUUCAUUUUUGGAUUGGUGAAUUAUUAAUAAAUUCACAAGAAACAAUUAAUUUUUGUAAUGAUAGAAUUGAAGAACUUGAAAGAAUUAUUAAAUAUAAUCAAAAACAAUUUGAUUCAGAACAAUUUUAUCCAGAACCAAUUCUUUAUAGAGAAUUUCAAGGUAAAGAAGGUGAUAUUUUUAUGUCAUACUUUAAAUCUUAUGGUGGUCCAAGAUAUGUUGCACCAUUGAAAUUAACAUCAGCAUCAGCAGCAAUUGCAACAGCAGCAAAACAAUAUAAAUUAUUCCACCUUAAGGGUAGACGUAAUAUUAGAGUUAAACAAGUUGAUAUUUCAUCAAAGUCAUUAAAUAGUGGCGAUGUUUUCGUAUUGGAUUGUGAGGAUUUCAUUUAUCAAUGGAAUGGAAGCGAAUCAAGUCGUUUAGAAAAAGGUAAAGGUUUAGAUCUUACCAUUAGAUUACGUGAUGAAAAAUCAGCAAAAGCAAAGAUUAUCGUUAUGGAUGAAAAUGAUACCGAUAAGGAUCAUCCAGAAUUUUGGAAGAGAUUAGGUGGUUGCAAAGAUGAUGUUCAAAAAGCUGAACAAGGUGGUGAUGAUUUCGCUUAUGAAAAGAAAUCGGUUGAACAAAUUAAAUUAUAUCAAGUUGAAAAUUUAAAUUAUGAAGUACAUCUUCAUCUAAUCGAUCCAAUUGGUGAUGUUUAUUCAACCACUCAAUUGAAUGCAGAGUUUUGUUAUAUUUUAGAUUGUGAAACCGAAUUAUACGUUUGGUUAGGUAAAGCAUCAGCAAAUGAUCAAAGAACAGUUGCAAUGGCAAAUGCAAUGGAUUUAUUACAUGAAGAUAAUAGACCAAGUUGGACACCAAUUAUAAAGAUGACUCAAGGCUCUGAGAAUACUCUCUUUAAAGAUAAAUUUAAAAAAGGUAGUUGGGGUGAAUAUGUUAAUGAUAACUUUGAAAAGAAACCAAUCACAGGUAAAGGUGUUGCUGCCAAAGCAGUUCAAGAGAAAAUCAAUGUAGAUGCUCUUCAUAAUCCUGAAAAAUAUCAACUUUCAAAGGAAGAAAGAAAAUCAACUAUUCCAACUCUUCAUCAUGUCGAUGAUAAACAUAGAGGUGAAUUAAAGAUUUGGCAUGUUAGAAAUCGUAAUAAAUUUGAAAUUUCUCAAUCUGAAUUUGGUUUAUUCUAUAAUCAAUCUUGUUAUUUAGUAUUGUUUACUUUAUUUGCUGCCGAUGGCUCAAAUAAUUCAAUAUUAUACUAUUGGCAAGGUAGAUUCAGUUCAAGUGAAGAUAAAGGUGCCGCUGCUCUUUUGGCUAAAGAUGUUGGUAAAGAAUUGCAUCGUUCUUGUAUUCAUGUCAGAACCGUUCAAAAUAAAGAACCAAACCACUUUUUAGAACAUUUCCAAGGUCGUAUGGUUGUUUUUAAAGGUUCAAGACCAAAUGCAACCACUGAAGUUUCAUUGGAAAAUUUAUCUUCAUCACUUCAAGGCUUAUAUCAUGUUAGAGGUACUGAGCCAAUUAAUAUUCAUUCAAUUCAAGUUGAAAAAGCAAUUUCAUCAUUGGAUUCAAAUGAUUCUUUCAUUUUAGUUAAUUUUAAAAAUACAAUUUCCUAUAUUUGGGUUGGUAAAUACUCUGAUGAAAAAGAAGCUGCCCUUCAAAUUUCUUCAAAUGUUUUCACUGGUUAUAAUUUCCAAUUGAUUGAUGAAGGUGAUGAAACUUCUGAAUUUUGGGAAUCUUUAGAAACAAACUCAUCCUUAUCACUCUUAAAAGAUUAUUACACUCAAUUGAGAACCGUUGAACAAGAGAAGAAAACUCGUUUAUUCCAAUGUUCAAAUAAUAGUGGUGUAUUCAAAGUAUUUGAAAUUCAUGAUUUCUCUCAAGAUGAUUUAGAUUCUGAUGAUGUAAUGAUCUUGGAUAAUCAAAAACAAAUUUUCGUUUGGGUUGGUAAAGAAAGUAGUGAUACUGAAAAAUUAAUGGCAAAUGAAACUGCUCUCGAGUAUAUUAUGAAUGCUCCAACUCAUAGAAGAGAUGAUCCAAUCUUUACCAUUCAAGAUGGUUUUGAACCACAUGAAUUCACUUUUAAUUUCCAUGCUUGGCAAGUUAAUAAAACUCAACAAGAUUCUUAUAAAUCAAAAUUAAGUGCUAUCCUUGGUUCAAACAAUAGUGGUCCAGCUUCUCCAAUUAUGUUACCUACUUCUGGUGUUACUUUAAAACCAACAACAGCAGCUACUCCAAAACCAAUAACUACACCAACAGUAACUACUCCUAAACCAAUAACUACACCGACAGUAGCUACUCUAAAAACAGUUACACCUGCUGUAACUUUAAAGCCAACAACUGUAACUACUCCAUCUAAAGUUGCUACCACUACAAAUACCUCUACUCCAUCACCAACUACAAUUACAACAUUCUAUCCAUUAUCAGUUUUAAAACAAAAAACUAAUUUACCAAAUGAUAUUGAUAAAAGUUGUCUUCACUUGUACCUUUCUGAUGAAGAAUUUUUAUCAACCUUUAAAAUGACAAAAGAAAUCUUCCAAAAAACUCCUGCUUGGAAAACUAAACAAUUACGUGUUGAUAAUGGAUUAUUUUAA